AUGUUCUUCUAUCGCGUUCAUUUCGAAAACGCUUUGCUUUUGUCACGUUGCAGUGAGCUGAAGCGUCGACUCAAGGCGGAGCAGAAGGCCAAGGAGAAGGAGGAGAAGGAGCGUCUCAAGAAGUACCAUGAGAACCGUCUGGCAUACGUCACAGAGAUUCAGGCCGCGGGAGGCAACCCCUACCCGCACAAGUUCCACGUGUCCACGCGCCUGCCAGAGUACUUAGCUAAGUACUCCAAUCUGGAGAGCGGACAGCAGUUGGCGGACGAGCAGGUUUCCCUCGCCGGCCGUGUCAUGCGCCGGGCGGCGUCGGGCGGCCGGCUUGUCUUUUAUGACCUUCAUGCGGACGGCUGCAAAGUGCAAGUCAUGGCCGAUGCCAGGAACUGGGAGGCAGGAGAGGAGGAGUUCACUCGCCUGCACGGGACAGUGAAGCGGGGAGACAUCGUGGGCAUCUUAGGCUUCUUCGGGAAGAGCAAGCGUGGCAAGCUCAGUGUGUUGGGUCUUUCAUCUCCCUUUGCUGCCCAUCCCACCCCCUUGUGUGGCAGGAACUGGUUGGCAGGGGAGGAGGAGUUCACUCGCCUGGGCAUCUCAGACUUUCUUGGGAAGAGCAAUUGCUUUGAACUCAAGCUCAGUGUGUUUCUUCUCCCUGUGCUACCCAUCCCACCCCCUUGUGUGGCAGGAACUGGGAGGCAGGGGAGGAUGAGUUUACUCGCUUGCACGGCACAGAACUGGGAGGCAGGGGAGGAGGAGUUCACUCGCCUGCACGGGACGGUCAAGCGCGGUGACAUCGUGGGCAUCUCAGGUUUCCCCGGGAAGAGCAAGCGCGGCGAGCUGAGUGUGUUUCCCCGCAGCAUGCUCGUGCUGGCGCCGUGUCUGCACAUGAUGCCCAAGGAGAAGAAGAAGGCUCCAGGCGCUGCUGCUGCUGGUGCUGCUGCCCCUGCGGCUGCAGCUCAGGCUGAUGGGCCCACCCCCACUGCUGCCGUAUGGGCGCCUGGUCUGCCCCGCAACCCCGAGCACUACAUUCUCAAGGACCAGGAGACGCGCUACCGGGCUCGGUACCUGGACCUGCUGGUGAACCCGGACAUCCGCCACGUGUUCCAGACGCGCGCCAAGGUCGUCUCGUACCUCCGCAAGUUCUUCGACGGGAGGGACUUUUUGGAGGUGGAGACCCCGAUGAUGCACAUGGUGGCAGGAGGGGCAGCAGCUCGGCCAUUCAAGACUGAGCACAACGAUCUCAACAUGACGCUCUUCAUGCGCAUCGCCCCCGAGCUCUUCCUCAAGGAGCUCAGCGUGGAGACCCCGAUGAUGCACAUGGUGGCAGGAGGAGCGGCAGCGCGGCCAUUCAAGACAGAGCACAACGAUCUCAACAUGACGCUCUUCAUGCGCAUCGCCCCCGAGCUCUUCCUCAAGGAGCUCGUGGUGGGCGGGCUGGACCGCGUGUACGAGAUCGGCAAGCAGUUCCGCAACGAGGGCAUCGACCUCACCCAUAAUCCCGAGUUCACGACAAUUGAGUUUUACGCUGCGUAUCUGGACUACAAUGAUCUGAUGGUCCUGACGGAGGAGCUGCUCUCAGGCUCUCUCUCUUCCUCAAGGAGGCUCAUGGUGGGCGGGCUGGACCGCGUGUUCGAGAUCGGCAAGCAGUUCCGCAACGAGGGCAUCGACCUCACCCACAACCCCGACUGGUGGUGGGCGGGCGGGCUGGACCGCGUUUACGAGAUCGGCCAGCAGUUCCGCAACAAGGGCAUCGACCUCACGCACAAUCCGGAAUUCACCACCAUCGAGUUUUACGCUGCUUUUUUGGACUACAAUGAUCUCAUGGUGCUCACAGAGGAGCUGCUCUCAGGCAUGGUGAAGGAGAUCACAGGCGGCUACAAGCUGUGGUACCACAGCAACGGGCUGGACAAGGAGCCUGUAGAGAUCGACUUUACCCCGCCCUUCAACAACGGGCUGGAAAUGGAGCCUGUGGAGAUCGACUUUUCUCUGCCCAAGCGCAUCCCCAUGAUCCAGGGCCUGAGGGAUACCGGAGGGCUGACAGACCUGCCAACGAACCUGGAGGCAGAGGAGGCGAGGCAGUACCUGGAGGGCCUGAGGGACAUCGGAGGGCUGACAGACCUGCCAACGAACCUGGAGACAGAGGAGGCGAGGCAGUACCUGGAGGCCAUGUGCGAGAAGCACCACGUGCAGUGCCCUCCCCCGCUCACCACCGCGCGCGCUUGCUCGACAAGAGACCGUUGGAAUUUGGAGACAGAGGAGGCGAGGCAGUACCUGGAGGCCAUGUGCGAGAAGCACCAUGUGCAGUGCCCCCCGCCGCUCACCACUGCGCGCCUGCUCGACAAGCUGUUCAUAUUCUCUUGUUCCUUCUGCCCCUGCCUCUCCCUCCUGCGGCUGGUGGGGCGUUUCAUCGAGCCCAAGUGCGUCAGCUCCACGCGCCUCAAAAGACCAUCUUUUGAUGAUGUGCACCUCUUUCCUUGCCUCCUACGCCUUUUGAGGCGCCUCAAAAGACCAUCUUUUGAUGAUGUGAACCUCUUUCCUUGCCUCCUACGCCUUUUGAGGCGCCUCAAAAGACCAUCUUUUGAUGAUCUGGUGGGGCAUUUCAUUGAGCCCGAGUGUGUCAACCCCACGUUCAAUGCCAACUAUCCUUCCAAGCCAACCCCGUCCGUGUCUGUUUCCACACCUCCACUUCCUCUCCUGCCUCUAUCUCUCCACCCCUCUCCCUCCUGCAGCUGGUGCCUAACCCAGCUGGGGCAUUUCAUCGAACCUAACCCAAGUGCCUCAACCCCACGUUCAUCAUCGACCAUCUUCCAACUAACCAUUUUGUUUAUGAUGCCCUCUGUUCUCCCUCUGCUGCUCAUUAACAUACUGCCUCCCCCCCUGUUCCAGCUGGUGGGCCAUUUCAUCGAGCCCAAGUGCCUGCCUGAGCCCAACAUUCAUCAUCGACCAUAUUCCAACCAACCUCCCCUCGCUUCCUUCCCAUAUUCCUUGUAUAUCUUGCUCCUACUUAUCCACACUGACCUAUUAACCCUGCAGCUGGUGGGGCAUUUCAUCGAGCCGAAGUGCCGCAGCCCCACGUUCAUCAUCGACCAUCCGCAGAUCAUGUCUCCCCUCGCCAAGUGGCACCGCACGGACGUCAACCUCUCAGAGCGCUUCGAGCUCUUUGUCAACUGCCACGAGGUGGGUGGUGGUGUAGAGGUUAUUACUUGGCACCGCACUGACGUCAACCUCUCAGAGCGCUUCGAGCUCUUUGUCAACUGCCGUUAG